AUGGCGUUGCUCGCCCGCUCUCCCUACUCCUGUCUCUCGCUCCCUCUCUCCUCGCACACACAGCUCCUCCACCUGCAGGCUCUCUCCAGCUCCACACAGCGCCUCUCUGACCCGCCGUGCUUCUCCCGGCCGGUGCAGCGCUCCGGACCGCGGCUGACGGACACACAGACACGGCCGGAAGAUCAAACAUUUCGGGACCGCGGAGGGGGCUGGGAUCCCGGUCCCGGAGGCAGAGCUGAGUUCAGGUCACCUCACUCCGAGCUCCCCGGACCGUAUUUCCCGGUGCAGCGCUGUCGCUCUAGGACUCUGGACUGCGGUUCUGUAAAGCAGGACCCAACUGUCCCAGUAUACACAUUCGCCGCUCAUUGGAUCCGAGCCGGGGAGCCCAUAGCCGAGCCCACAGCCUGCUGCCUUGUUGGACCCGGAACGGGAGCAGCGGUCCUGCACUCCAAGGCCUCCUACUGUCGCCACCUGCUGGACGACAACAGUUCCUCUGCACUCAUCAUCCUGGGCUUCGUGGUGAUGUCGCCACUCAUUGUGGUCGCCAUGGCGAUCUACUGCGGCCUGGCUCGCCGGCUCCGCCUCUUCCUGCUCUUCCAGCCCUGCUCACGUGCACAGUACCACGGGGGGGGGUGGCGCGGGUGCGAGGGGCAGGGGGGCAACUGCUGCUGCUGGGGUGGGGAGAGGUUGAGCUCUGUCAAGGCCUGGGUCUGACCCUCACCGUGAGUCUCACCCUGUCUCACUCUCAUUGUCUCCACACACUCUCACUGUCUCGCCAUGUCUCACUUUACUGUGAGUCUCACCCUAUCAGUCUCAGUCUCUACACCCUGUCUCACUCUCACUGUGUCUUACACUGUCUCACUCUCACUGUCUCUACACCCUGUCUCACUCUCACUGUGAGUCUUACACUGUCUCACUCUCACUGUCU